UUCACUAGUGAAAGAAAGUGACGGUUGACGAGAUUGACCCCCCUCCUCCGAUAUACCCGCCAUACAUCCACCUCACUGAGACGAUCAGCUCAGUGCAUCUAUUUUCGGUCCUUUCCUGUCGCAUCCGCCAAGAUGAGACCUAUUUUGCUGUCAGGACAUGAGCGGUCCCUCAACCAGAUUCGUUACAACAAGGACGGCGACCUCCUCUUCUCGGUGUCAAAGGAUAAGAAUGUGUGCGCAUGGUGGACUGCCAACGGCGAGCGUCUCGGAACGUACGCCGGUCACCAGGGUGCUAUCUGGACUGUCGACGUGAGCCCCAACACUGUGAUCCUUGCGACUGGAUCAGCCGACAACACCGUCCGGCUAUGGAACAUCAAGACUGGCGACUGCAUCAAGGUGUGGGAGUUCCCCACAGCUGUGAAGCGCGUGGCAUUCUCCCCGGAUGGAAGCAAGCUGCUGGCAGUGACAGAGAAGCGUAUGGGUUUCCUCGGUUCGAUCGCUGUUCUCGAUAUUGCCUACGGUGAUGGUGAGGGCAACAACCUGGAUGUUCAGGCAGAGGAGCCAAGCUUGCGCAUCACUUGCGCUGAGAGCAAGGCUACUGUUGCCGGAUGGAGCUACAUGGCCAAGUACAUUAUUGCUGCACACGAGGAUGGCUCCGUCAGCCAAUAUGACCCCAAGACCGGUGAUCAGCUGGAGAACAUCCAAGCCCACGAGUUCGACCACCAGAUCAACGACAUCCAAUUUUCCGCUGACCGCACCCACUUCAUCACCGCCUCCAAAGACAAGACUGCCAAGCUCAUCUCCGCUCGCAACCUCGCCAUCCUCAAGACCUACCCCGCCGAUACUCCCCUCAACUCCGCCUCCAUCACCAACAAGAAGGACUACGUGAUUUUGGGUGGUGGUCAGGCCGCCAUGGAUGUCACCACCACCUCCGCUCGCCAGGGUAAAUUCGAGGCCCGCUUCUACCACAAGGUCUUCGAAGACGAGAUCGGCCGUGUCCGUGGCCACUUCGGUCCCCUCAACACCAUCGACGUUCACCCCGCCGGUACCUCAUACGCCUCCGGUGGUGAGGACGGUUACGUCCGUAUCCACCACUUCGAUAAGCCCUACUUCGAUUUCAUGUACGAGGUUGAGCGGGAGCAGCUGCGGAAGUAAGGGAUGAAACGCUACGCUACGAAAAAGUAUAGGUGAUUCGAGUCGAGGAGAGUUGUGUGUAUGUGUUUACGAUGCGAACUAGACUCGGGACGUUUGUUUUAAUUUUGCCCUCGAGUCCGGCAUAUGGGAUGAGAUGAUGACCUUUCGAGGCACGGUUUUCUCAUUUCUUGAUUCCUACAUGAUCAACCGGAGUUGGUACCCUUUUGCUUUUGUUUUUUGUUUAAUAAAAGACGGCAUGCUUCAUUUUCAGUUCUCGAGUUAUAUGUCUAUCUUGCUGGGGAGAGCGUGUGGAUACACGGCUCGAACUUCCAGGGGACGUACAUAUCACAAAAUAGACAAUACAGAAGCCUUGCAAAAUUCAAUCAGUUCAGAACAAAUAUAUGAUACUUAGCUGGCAGGUCUAAUCAGACAUGAUCAGCUCCUCG